AUGAGGUCUUGUUCAUGGAAGAGGUCUAGAAAUACGAGUGCACACAGCAAGUUUUCGAAGGACUGUAAACAUAAGUAUAUAUGGGCGAAAAUUUGGUUUCGAUACUCCCCUUUGGAUGUCCCUCUUUGCUCAAAACAAACUUUGAUUUCUGAGUUUCACUACGUUGUGUUAUCAGUUUAUGGUCCGCUUUUACGUUUGUUUGGCACUGAUUGUUCAUUGACUGAAAUUAACUGCGUGUAGAGGAAGAUUAAAAUUCAAUCUAAAAAGAGAAUGAUAAUAAUAAAAACAAGUGCUUUGAUCAGAGGAAUUUCAUGCUAAAGCUUCAAAGACGCGAUCGGAUUUAUUUUUAUAUCCAGCCAACUUUAAUUAUUGAAAUCUGGUAUUUACAUUGUAACAAAGCGUGAGGCCUUAUGAAUAAAAUAUAGACGGCUUUAUUUGUAAGUGUAAACUUGAGAACACGAAAAAUUUGCAAAUGAAUAUUAAUCACCUUGACUCUGUCAAACUCGACGUAGGAACUAAUGCAAAUUUGGCUGAAAUAAAGUCCAAGUCAAAGAUGGUUUGAAUUAAUCCUUAUAGCUACUUUGUGGCAAUCUUCUCCGUUUCUGCCAUCCAAAUCUCAACAAAACUUGCAACGUUAUGUGUGUCCCGAGUCUCCGAUAUGCAUCCAUUUUCUAAACUGCAAACUCGGUUUCAACGAAACAGAGUUGAGAGCGUAAACCCUCUCUUUGCCUCAUUUAUCAAUCACACUCAAAGUAUUACGGAGACUUGCCAAGUUUGACCCGAUCGUUCGUUUGUGCUUGCUUGGCACUCUUUCCUAGUUUGGUGAGAUUUUGGAUGAGUCACAAUAGAAUUUCUAUCAUCCAACAAAACGCCCUAUCGUCUUUCCUAGUUGGUCUUUCAGUCUCACAAUUCUCAGGCAAAGCCUGCAGCCAACUGAAACUGACUUAGCGUUGUAUCAUUCUCUCCUGUCUCUAUUGAUCAUCAGUGAAAUUCUCCCAAGUGUCUGACACGAAAAGUCUCGCAAAGCGAAGAAAGUAAACAAAUCAGGUUGUCUUAGAAAGGCUGUCAUCGUAAUGUGAAAGCCAAUGUGUUAAAACCAAGCUGGUGAACAAGACACUUCAAUACAUUCUGUCACGGUAUGCUUCCUCUUACCUCGCGCUGUCUUUCCACACUUUUGGCUUUAUAUGCCUUAACCCCAGCUGCACUCAGUAAUAAACCUACCUCGCCGACGUCGUGCCACAAUGUGUACAAUUACAACACGUUUAACGCGGGACCCAACAAGGAGAUGAAGAAACUACUGCUGGAGAUAAAAACACAACUGACUGACCUUCAGAAGACAGUGAAAGGUAUACAAGGAACGAAACCUAUUGGAAAAGGUGAGUAUUUGAAUUUUUUUUUUCUACUGACUGUUAAGGAUCGGUAAUUAUCUAUUGCAGGGGGUGGGUUGGUGAGAUUUUGGUUGAGUCACAAUAGAAUUUCUAUUAUCCAACAAAACGCCCUGUAGUUUUUUUAUAAUCCUCCUCUCAUGAGAACAUAAUUUUCAUGAUCUCCCUCCCAUAUAGUGGUUAUGCGCAAAUACCAAUAUCAAAAAUCUUUGCUGGUAAAUGCUCUUAAUAUAUACAACAGAAUUUGAUCAAAGUUUGACCUUUACAGAAACAGCAAGUUCCUUUUUUUUAACGAGGAGGUGAAUGGGCUGAAAGAAACGCGAAAUGAUCUUAGGUCACCCCCCCCCCUCCCUCAUUAUACUCUAUUAGCAACCACUGAGCCCUCCUCCCUUCCCUCUAAGUGAUUCCAAUUCCCCUCUUCACCGUCCCACCCAGACGAUAAACAAUGACUGGUUGGCUUGUACGAUUUUUGAUUGCUUGAUUAUUUGCACAAUGUGUUUGCAUACAAUUCAUAUUUUGACAAUUGGCUUACUUUUUCAUUAUUUUAUUUUCAAGAUCUGCAAACAAGCCUGAAAAAAUCUGUAAAUCUUUAAUUAUCCUUCUUUAAUUUUUUUCGCAGUUUACAAGAACUGUGCUGAGCUGUACAAAUCCGGUCAAAGAAUCAGUGGUGUUUAUACAAUCGAUCCUGAUGGCUCAGGUGCCUUUGAUGUGUUCUGUGACCAAAAGACAGCCGGUGGGGGGUGGACAGUGUUCCAGAAGAGACAAGACGGUUCUGUUGAUUUCUUCCUUGGCUGGACCGACUACAAGAUAGGGUUUGGUAAUCUGAAUGGAGAAUUUUGGCUGGGACUGGACAAGAUAAACCGCUUGACUAACAGUGCGAAGUUUAGGCUUCGUGUCGAUUUGGAAGACACUAAAGGAAAGACAGCGUAUGCCUCGUACGAUUACUUUGCCGUCACCAGUGAGAAAACAAAGUACCAGCUCAGUCUUGGAAUUUACUUAUCUAUUGAACUUAUGAAUCUACGCGAUUACAGUAGUUUGACUGAAUGGAUGAAUUCUUUAAGGAUAUUCAUCGUUUGUCAAAUUUACCUCAGGAAUUGCUGGCGAUUCUUUAAAUCGGAGUCGUGGAUACCCCUUUUCAACCAAAGAUCAGGACAAUGACAACUGGAGCAAAAACUGCGCAGAUCAUUUCAAAGGAGCCUGGUGGUAUAACGACUGUAGUUAUUCGAACCUGAAUGGUGUCUAUCAUCAUGGAUCAAGCUCACUUGCUUCAGCUCUGAAGUGGUAUCACUGGAGGGGUCAUCACUACUCCGUCAAGAGAGCUGAAAUGAAGAUUAGACCUGUAACUUUUUAA